AUGUACUACUUGGGCAGUGCUACUUACCAGCGUGGAGGACCUUCUGCAAUGUGUAACUCAAGUUCAGACAGCUGCAGCCUCAGUGGGCUGCAGUGCGGAGUACAAUACUUCCUGAGUGUUAGAGCUCUUACCAAACAGUGCGCAAGUGAUUUAAGUGUACCUGUCAACAUCACCACAGAACCCUGCCAGGUACAGAACCUCAUCGUGACUGGGUCAUGCACCAGCAAUACGCUCCAGCUGAACUGGUCCAAUGCCAAUGGUGCACUACGUUACACCAUCUCGGUCAGUGGAAACCUGGGCUACACCAACACCUUCCAGCGCUUCGUGAACAGCUUGCAGGUGGAGGUUUCCUGUGGCCAGAGCUACACUUUUAGCGUGUUGGGGAACAAUGAUCAAUGUCAGAGCCUCACAAGUGCCACCGCCAAGUUUUCAACUGCGCCAUGUGUACCAAUUGGUGUGAACACCUUCAUUCAGUGCGAGGACAACAUCGCCUCUAUCAGCUGGACAGGCAGUGACGGUGCAGUGUCUUAUACUGCAGUUGCUGAGGGACAGACAUUAGGCGGCACCUACACUUGCACGUCAAACACAACAGUAUGUACUUGGACUAACCUAUCGUGUGGGGAGACCUAUAUAGCCCGGGUCGUUGCAAAUGACCUACGCUGCAGAAGCAUCCCUAGUAACAACACUACAAUCCGCAUGGCUCCUUGUAUACCCCAGAUUUUAAACACCACUAUGGACUGUAGCCUAAGGGUUGCAUCUCUGACCUGGAUUUCCAGUCAGGCUGCUCAAUCAUACGUGGUAACUGCUGAAAACAACAUCGGCCAACAGGUGGGGCAAACUACCAACACAACCAUCGCUCAAUUCUCAGAUCUCCAGUGUGGACAGCAGUACUAUUUCAAGGUGUUGAGUGUGGGGCAAGGGUGCAGGAGCAGCCCGAGCAACACCUCUGUUCUGCAGACAGAUCCAUGUCCCCCUACUGCUGUUUCCACUUCUGUGGACUGUAUUUCCAACAUUGCUACAGUGACCUGGGGAAUAUCGAACACAGCUAAUUACUAUAUGGCCAGUAUGGUGGGCCCAGAUGGCAAAGUCACAACAUGCAUGUCGUCGACUACAAGCUGUGGCGUUGCAACACUGCAGUGUGGACAGAAAUACAAUGUCAGUGUAACUGCAUCCCGUCAGCUGUGCAAUUCAAAACCCAGCAGUCAGACAAACUUCAACACAGCUCCCUGUGUCCCGUUGGGUGUCUCUGUGGUGAUGGACUGCACCAAAAACGAAGCCAGAGUGUCAUGGAAUGCCAGCCUGGGUGCACAGUACUACCUUGUCUACGCUACAAGCAAAUCCAAUGACUACGCUGCAUGUAAUAGCUCUGGUAUCAACACAUACUGCACUCUGAAGGCCCUCACCUGUGGGGCGGUAUACACAGUAAAGGUGGUGGCCGUUGGGAAUGACUGCUCUAGUUUACCGAGUCAGCCAGUGGACUUCGGUUCAGUUCCUUGCAGACCUGAUAUUGCUUCCGUGCAGCUGAACUGUACCUCCAGCUUGUUGUCAUUGAACUGGACUUCUGUCGGCAGUGCAGUCUAUUACACUGUGUUUGCCAGAGCUCCACCUGGUCAGAACUCAUCCUGUACCACAAACUCUACCAGCUGUGAACUAAGGCAACUGGACUGUGGUCAGAUAUACAGCAUAACCAUGACAGCAUCAAACAAUCAAUGCAGCAGCAACCAGAGCACUGCUGUGCAGGCUGCAUCAGCACCCUGUCCUCUUGUGUGGAUUAACUCCAGCAUGAACUGCCAAGCCAACUCAGCACAGGUGCAGUGGGAUCGUAAUGGUGCGGCAGAGUCCUACGAAGUCCAAGCUCUAGGCACCAGAGGGUACAUGACAGGAUGUAACACCACUGGGACCUUUUGUAAUGUGUCCAACCUGCUGUGUGGCGAUGUGUACAACAUUAGCGUGUUUGCUAUUAAUAACAAAUGCCGUGUGAGAGGAUACCCAGUCCUACAGCUGCGUUCAGUGCCAUGUGUCCCUGCCCCUCUGAGCCCCACUUUGAACUGUACUUCUGGUGCUGUCACCAUGACCUGGCAGCCCAGCAGUGGAGCCACUUUCUACAGAGCCCUUGCUCAGGGUAGUGGAGGUUUUCCAUCAUCAUGCAACAGUAACAGCACCACAUGUGUGUUCACUGGGCUACUGUGUGGACUGAACUAUAGCUUCACUGUCUCGGCUUCUGACAGCACAUGCACCAGCUUGUACAGCAACAGUGUUCAGCUGAACACAGUUCCAUGUAAGCCACAGUUUCUCAGUGCCUUAAUGGACUGCUGGACCGGUACAGGACUUGUGUCAUGGGAAGCAGCACAGGGCGUUUUGUCCUACCUGGUACAAGCAGUGGGAGCUAACGGAACCCAGGCACAAUGUAGCACCACCAACACAAACUGUUCAUUACUCAAUCUGAACUGUGGCCAACUCUAUACCCUCACUGCUGUUGGCCAGGAUGGCCGCUGUAACAGCAGCGCUGCUCAAGUCAAUCUCCAGUCAGGUACAUAA